GCUUACUCGUUGUAUCCAAAAUGGCGGAAGAAAGUGUCUUGAUGGCGCCUAACUUUCAAGUCUUCAUCGCUACUGAAUAAAAGAUUGAAGCAAACUCAAUCAGUCCAAUAUGCAAUGCUCCGUCGUUUUACUAGAUUGUUGUUGCCACCCUGUUGAGGAUUUUUUUUAUUUGCACAACUGAUGAGCCCGAGAAGGGAUGUCGAAAACACUUCUAGAGAAAGGCGUACUGUCGUCUCCAAGUGCCACAACAUUCUGCACUCUUGAUGGGCCAAUUAAUGCGUUCUGCUCAUCCAAAGAUGGAUCCCAAGUAGCUGUAGCAGGAAGAAAUGUUUUCAAGAUCGUCUCAAUUGACCAAGACAACAAGUUCCAGGAGAAGAUUAAUUUGCGUGUUGGAAGAAUCAAUCUAAAUUUUAGUAUCACUGAUGUACAAUGGCAUCCAGUAGAAGAUCACAUCCUUGCGACUGCUGCUGGUAAUGGAGCUGUUGUCAUAUGGAAUCUCAACAAAAUCACCAAGCAAAAACAAGAACUGGUGUUUUAUGAGCACAAGAGAACAGUAAAUAGGAUCAAGUUUCACCCUCAAGACACCACACUCUUACUGAGUGGUAGCCAGGAUGGGACUAUGAACUGCUUUGACAUAAGAAAACAAAGCGUGCUUUUCUCAGCUCAUGGAAAGUCCGAAAGCAUCAGAGAUAUUGAGUUUAGCCCAUUUGAUGGCAAGCAGUUUGCCACUGCCUGUGACAAUGGAAAUGUUCAGCUCUGGGAUAUGAGAAGAACUGACACCUAUUACCAUCAGUUCAUGGCACACAAUGGACCAGUGUUCACUCUGGAUUGGCAUCCUGAGGACCGUAACUGGAUUGCUACUGGGGGCAGAGAUAAGUGUGUUAAGGUGUGGGAUGUGCAAGGGAAAGCGACACCUGUGAACAACAUCCAAACCAUCUCAUCUGUAUCACGAAUCAAGUGGAGACCUCAGAAAAAAUACCAAAUAGCAAGCUGUGCUCUUCUCGUUGAUUUCGAUAUCCAUGUUUGGGACAUUAGGCGGCCCUACAUACCCUAUGCCACUUUCAGUGAACACAAGGACGUGCCAACAGGAAUUAUGUGGCGUCAGACAAGUCGUGGCAAGGACCCCCAUGUUUUCUUGUCUUGUUCUAAGGACUGUACCUUAUACCAACAUGUGUUUAGCGAUGCAUAUCACCCUGCGGACCAUGCACCCCCAAUGGCUGUUGCACUAAACAUCAGCGGUGAUAUCAGCUUUGCCAUGUGUGAUAAAUCAAUCACUAACAACACUAAAAGCUUUCACACUAAAAUUCGCACCCCAGUACAGUUGUCAAAUCAAGGUUCAUUCACUCGAAAGCUCCCAGAUGCACCGAGUGACCACUUCACUUCUAGAGCAAACAGCAGCCUGUUUGUCUUCUCUGAGAAAGACUCUACAACUGACUCCCAAUUCAAAGUUCUGGCAAAGAGUUAUAGGUUAAGUGGGCGCCCAUUUGCUGAGCUAUGUGAACACAACAGUAAUGUUGCCAGCAGUCUUUUCUUAUACAAGCAUGCGCAAACCUGGUCCAUCUUAAAAACCUUGUACACUGAUGUUGGAGACCUUGGCGAAACGGUUUUACCGAAACCUUCCUCGGCUGUAGGACAUGCAGGGGGUCUGGGCCCUACCGCUGAGGCCCAGCCUGGUUCACUUCACUCAUCGAAUCAGGCUACAUUUGUGAACCCUAAAUCUGCUGUCGAUACAGUGGUACUUGCAAAUCCAGAUAAUUCUGCACUGCAAGAUGAUGAUGACACGUCAUCGUCAAGUAGUCUUGAAGACAAUCCCAAGCUCAUGAAUAUUGCAAGCGGUGGAAACGCAGAUUUUUUAUUUGGGGAGGAGCAGGAUGAUCCAAGUUUUUAUUUUGAGGAGCCAAGUACACUGGAUGGAACCGGCCAAGACUGGACAUUACCAACCGAAGCUUUCCAGCCACGUCAAAUAAUCACAGAAAGACCGACAUCUCCUUCGUUGGAUCCAGAGCAAGAUCGUGCGGAGUCCCCUACCAGUGGCGUCGAUUCCGAAUCUGCGUCCGUCCAGCGGAAUACCGUAGAAGCCGGCAAUCAGGAGCCACGUGCGCGAGGGACUUGCUCGACCCAGGCCCUGUUUCUACCACAGUGGGAUUUCUCUCAUUUAGCUGUGAAAGUGUUACAGCAUUUUGCCGAAGAGGGUGACAUCCAGAUGUGCGUAUCACUGUUGAUCGUACUUGGCGACAAGAUCCGCAGCAAGAUUGACGAACAGACACAGGAGCAGUGGCUCAUGUCCUAUAUCGAUCUCCUGACAGGGCUAGAAUUAUGGUCAAUCGCGACAGAAAUAACCAAGCUGUCUGGCCUGUCUGCAGUCAGCACCAUUAACCAGGCAUCCACCACUGUGUACGUGGCAUGCGGACGAUGCAACAAACCUUUGUCGGGCUGGUUCUGUACCCGCUGCCAGUCUCUUACUCAGCCCUGCUCCAUAUGCCACCUGUCCGUGAGAGGUCCAUACGUUUGGUGCCAGGGUUGUGGUCAUGGCGGCCACUUGGACCACAUGAAGCAAUGGUUUGAUGAGCAGAUAUGGUGCCCUGCUGGCUGCGGUCACGUGUGUGAGUUUAUUUAGAUUACACGCGUAGAAAGCAGUGAAAGCUGAGACUAGUGAUGGGAAUUUAGACACGUGCCAGAUGAAUGAACCUGCGAUCAACUCGGAAGCAAUAUUAAGCUCUAUUAUAUAGAAAAAAUCAACCGGGAAUCAACCGGCCUGAAACUAAUUAAAAACAUGUCACAUCCGGCUAAUGAACCACACCAGUGAAAAACAAAGAUGGCGCUUACUUAUUGUGAGUAUUUCGCAGCUUUAUUUAUCUUCAAUGUUUCUGUUAGGACGCGAACGGCCUCAAUCAUACAGCCAAAUUGUUUCAAAACAAUUUUAAUUCAAAUAUUCAAACUGUAUGAUAAUGUUCAACAAAUAGAGAAGCAGUGUAGGAUAUUUUUUUCUCUGAGACUUUUGGGAAAUAAAAAUUACAAUUGUCUUUA